GCCCCAGCCUAGGGGAAGCCUGGCUGCACUCAAGGGAGCAUGAACCAGAAGACCACCCUGGUGCUGCUGGCGCUGGCCGUCAUCACCAUCUUCGCUUUGGUUUGUGUCCUGCUGGCCAGCAGGAGUGGAGAUGGGCCCCAACCUGGCCAGCAGCCCCCAUGCCCGUCAGCCGCGCCCACUGCCCAGGCCCACAUGCACCCUGGCCCCGGCCAGCUCUUUGCAGACCUGAGCCCAGAGGAGCUGGCGGCCGUGCUGAGCUUCCUGACCCUGCGGCUGGGCCCGGGCCUGGUGGACGCCGCCCAGGCCCGGCCCUCGGACACCUGCGUGUAUUCAGUGGAGCUGCAGCUGCCCCCCAAGGCCGCGGCCCUGGCCCACAUGGACGCAGGGGCCCCUCCACCCGCCCGGGAGGCACUGGCCAUCGUGUUCUUUGGGGCCCAGGCCCAGCCCAACGUGAGCGAGCUGGUGGUGGGGCCACUGCCCCAGCCGUCCUACCUGCGGGACGUCACCGUGGAGCGCUACGGCGGCCCCCUGCCCUACCACCGGCGCCCUGUGCUGGCCCGAGAGUACCAGGACAUCGACCACCUGCUCUUCGACCGAGAGCUGCCCCAGGCUGCGGGGCUUCUCCACCACUGCUGCUUCUACACACCUGGCCAGCUGGUGGCAAUGACCACGGCGCCCCGUGGCCUGCAGUCAGGAGACCGGGCCACCUGGUUCGGCCUCUACUACAACGUCUCAGGUGCUGGCAUCUUCCUGCACCCCGUGGGGCUGGAGCUGCUGGUGGACCACGGGGCCCCGGAGCCAGCCCGCUGGGUCGUGCGGCAGGUGUUCUUCCAGGGCCGCUACUAUGAGAGCCUGACCUGGCUGGAGCACCUGUUUGAGGCCGGCCUGGUGAAGGUGGUGCCCGUCCCUGACAAUGGCACAGGUGGGGCUUGGUCCCUGAAGUCGCCGGUGCCCCCGGGCCCAGCUCCCCCUCUGCAGUUCCCCCCACAAGGCCCCCGCUUCAGUGUCCAGGGCAGUCGCGUGGCCUCCUCCCUGUGGGCCUUCUCCUUUGGCCUAGGAGCCUUCAGUGGCCCGAGGGUCUUUGACAUCCGCUUCCGGGGUGAGAGGGUGGCCUACGAGGUCAGCGUCCAGGAGGCCCUGGCCGUCUACGGGGGGAACUCCCCGGCGGCAAUGCUGACCCACUACAUGGACAGCAGCUUUGGCAUUGGCAAGUACUCCACGCCCCUGGCCCGUGGGGUGGACUGCCCCUACCUGGCCACCUACGUGGACCGGCACUUCCUGGUGGGAUCUCAGGCCCCCAAGACCAUCCGAGACGCCCUGUGUGUGUUUGAACAGAACCAGGGCCUCCCCCUGCGGCGACACCACUCAGAUUUCUACUCCCAUUACUAUGGGGGCGUCGCGGACACGGUGCUGGUGGUCAGGUCUGUGGCCACCCUGCUCAACUAUGACUAUGUGUGGGACGUGAUCUUCCACCCCAACGGGGCCAUCGAAGUCAGAGUCCAUGCCACGGGCUACAUCAGCUCCUCCUUCUUCUUCGGUGCUGCCCAACGGUACGGGAACCGAGUCGGGGAGCAUGUGCUGGGCACGGUCCACACGCACAGCAUCCACUUCAAGGUCGACCUGGACGUGGCAGGACCGGAGAACUGGGUCUGGGCCGAGGACCUGGCCUUCUUCCCCGCGGCUGUGCCCUGGCGCCCUGAGCACCAGAUCCAGAGGCUGCAGGUGACCCGGAAGCUGCUGGAGACGGAGGAGCAGGCCGCCUUCGCCCUGGGCGGGGCCACCCCUCGCUACCUGUACCUGGCCAGCAACCGCAGCAACAAGUGGGGGCACCCGCGGGGCUACCGCGUGCAGACGCUGGGCCCUGCCGGGGAGCUGCUGCCCCCGAACAGCUCCAUGGGGGGCGCCUUCAGCUGGGUGUGGUACUGCGUGGCUGUGACCCAGCGGAAGGAAGGGGAGCCCAGCAGCUCCAGCAUCUGCAACUUGAAUGACCCCUGGACGCCCACUGUGGAUGUCAGUGACUUCUCUGGCAAUGAGACCAUAGCAGGGCAGUAUCUGGUGGCCUGGGUGACAGCUGGAUUCCUGCACAUCCCACACGCAGAGGACGUCCCCAACACGGUGACGGCGGGGAACGGGGUGGGCUUCUUCCUGCGGCCCUACAACUUCUUUGACGAGGACCCCUCCUUCCGCUCUGCUGACUCCGUGUACUUCCAGGGGGGCCAGGACGCUGGCGCCUGCGAGCUCAACCCCCUGGCCUGCCUGCCCCUGGCCGCCGCCUGUGCCCCUGGCCUCCCUGCCUUCUCCCACGGGGGCUUCUCACACAACUAGGGGCAGGUGAGGGACAGCCAGCCUGGCCCCCGCAUCCUUCCUCAGCCUGCUGUCCCCUGCACGGCCCUCCGUCCCUCUGUCCUCCGUGCCCACCCCCUCUGGGGGCAUCAGAGCCUGGCUGCCUGUCGCGGGAGCCCGGGUACUGCUGGUCCCGCUGUGCCGAGCCCCAGCAGGGAGGAGGGGGCGGCCCAGGCAGAGCCUGAGCGGCGGCCAGCUGUCCCCAGAUGAGACCCUUUUUGAUGCUUUCUGGCUUUCCCCAAACCUUUCAGCCUGCCUGUGAGGAUGCAGUGGGGUCAUCCCCUAGAAUCCCAGGGUAGGUCCACGUGUCCCGCACACACUCAGAGGAGCCAGAAGGGACCGUGUGCCCUCAGCCUCUCAUCCACGUCCCUGCCUUGCUGGCCUCCCUCUGGGUCCUGAGGGGAUGUGUCUCCCUGGUGUCCCUAGCCCUCACUUCUCAACUGCAGUCUCUCCUGGUCCUGAGCCUGUGGAAGUCUCAGAGAUGCCAGGGUGCCUCGUGGGCAAGGCCUCGUGUGCCUGUCAUUUGUGAGGAGCAGUUGUGCCCAGCCUGUCAUGCCUGGGCAGCAGGUAUCUGUGGACUGCCCCCUGUGUCUGCUUCCUGCCUUCCACUCCCUUGAGGAGGGUGCUUGUAGUGAGAGUAGCAGCUCCAGUAGCUGCACCUCACCUCACCUGCACUGCAGGUGAUGCUGGGAGUGCCACGACGAGGAGACCGGGCAUUUAUCUCUAGGCCUGCAGGUGACCAGAGGGGCACCCAGCAGGAGAGAGCUGGGACAGGAAUGAGCCUGGACACCCAUGAAGCAGAAGUCCUGGAGACUCCGCCCCCUGAGCCAAACCGACCAAUCACCCACAGGCAUACAAAUAAGCCGGGGCCUGGCAUCCUGGUCUGGGCACCUGGCCCUGCUGGUCCCUCGCUGGUCUGCACAACGCAGGGGGACAAAGAGGGGUCAGUGCCGUGCAUGCCGACGACGCCAUGUAACGCAGCUAACAACUCGUCCUCUGCCUUACCGUCCUCGGGGCCUCAUCUUCCAGCAUGAAGGCAAAGUGUAGAUUGUGAGCCUGUGCCCCGUGUGUUGAGUUUAGGGAGAGGGGAGUCGUGCACACCUGCUGUCCCCACAGUCAGCCUGUGUUGUUCUGAUGCGCUCAGGGAGGGGCCACCACCCUGACCUUGUGUCUGUUACUGAGUCUAAUAAAUAAUAAAUGGGCCCAAACCAAUUA